CUCUGUCAGAAGCCAAAGUGAUGUCCUCUUACUACAACCUUCAUGUAGAAUUCACGCAGGUUCAGACUUGAUGGAUAUUGGGGAAAACAAGAGACUGAGCCCAGUGUUGGCAGCUACGAAAACUGGCAAAGGCAGAAGGGAGGCAGGAGGGCAGGGUGCUGAGGUCUCUGCAGAUGGCACUCAGCAUUCCCCAGACUGAAAGCAAUGCACUUCUCCCUCUCCUGCAGCAUCCUGUGUCAGCUCACAGCUACCACCUGGGUAGCUUUGGUGUUUUUCAACCUGCCGCUUUGCUGACUAACACCUCCGCUUUCUGCCUGGCUCAUUCAUAUUUUAGCCCAUUUCCUGAGCUUUGUGGUGGUUUCUUCUAUUGCUUUCCCUUCCACUAGAACACUGUUACUCAUAUCUCAGCUAUUUUUCUCCUAUUGUAAUGUAUGAUUAUCUUCCUCCUAAAUGUCACCAGCCAAUAUAGGUGACUUUGACCCUAGAGUUAUGCCAGGUCUGUAUCUUUGAUGGUGCUGAGGAUAUUGGUUUAACUCCAUUGUGACAGGAAGAAAAUACAGAGGUAGUACUGUUUGUAGGGAGUUUUUUCCCCAUAUCAUGAACUUGAUAACUGCAAGUGUGACUAGUUCCCUCUCCUACAGAAAGGAAUUGUCAGCUCUGAUUGUUAUUUUCUCUGUAUGUAUUCUUGCUGAUAAAUACCUACAGAUACCUACCCUUUUUCUAGUCACGGCAAAAUGUUUUUGGGUCAUGAAUAACUCUAGCAGAAUCUACCAAGCCUUCCCUGGUGUGCCCUUCCCACUUGCUUCUUGGUGAAUGUUGCCACUGCAAGCUGGGCUGAGAUUACACUUUUAGUGAGUUAAGUUUGAUAAAAACAGGCUUUUAGGUGCAAUAUCUUCAAAUUUAUAAAGCUAUUUGUCUUAGAGUGCCAUCAGUGGGCUUGUUUUAAAAAUUAGCUCUGUAAUAUCAAAUGCAUACAAUUGCAUGGUUUAAAAGCAGUGUGGUUUGUGUCAGCCAGAUCGUCACUCUUUAGACUGAUCACAUACUUUUCCCUCCUUCUUCUGCACAAAUAACAGUACUGGCAUACCUUGGAGAGUCCUGUGUAAUCAGGGAGUAAAAACUGCACCACUGUCUUGGUCUGCUAUCCUCACAACAGAAAGGUAUUACUAACUGCCUAGGGAAUAUCUAGCUUAGCUGCUCAGCCUCACUGACCCUGUGCUGUCCCACACUGCACCCAACAGUGGUGACAAUCUCCAUGACCCACAGGCAGCAUCAGCUAAGGCUAGUCUUUUCUAGAAGCUUCCUGACACUGUGCCUGUAAGUGAUUCACAAAGCAUACAGAAGGGAGAGCUGGUCUCUUACAGAGACUGCUCCAAAACAGUGUGAGGAGUAGCUUCUGCACUAAGUCAUGGGACCUUCUGCAUGCAUAUUCUAACAGCAUAACCAGCCCAGCUACCAGCAGCUACCAGGGAAACAUGGUCGAGAACCACUUGCCCUGGACUGAAAGGUCUAAAAUAUCUGUUUUUUCCCAGAUGGGGAAAAAGAGUGGGUCAGAGGCAUGGAGGGCUGAAUGUGGAGCCCCCUCAUCCUGCACCCUGCUGCUUUGUGCCAGCUUUACUGCUGCAGUCUUCUUGGGUUAUUCCAGCUCCUUGUUCUUUACCCUCCUACCACCACACUAUGCUGUGUGUGCCAAAUCCCUCCAUAGUGCUGCUCGUUUCCCCCUUGGCCAAGGAUACAAGUAUGCCUGGGCUCCUUGCAGCCCCUUUUAAGAUAGGUGUAGGUGAGUUGGCUGGACCUCCCUCAGUGUCAGCCUUGCAACCUGCAGAGCCCCAGCCCAGACACAAGCUGUAGGCAUGAGAUAGGGCAGGGGUGAGCCCCUCACCUGUGUAGGAGCCAGACCACAUCACUGUCUGUUGUCUGAAGAUUGGUGGUGUUGCCCUGGUCCUGGGGCCAUUUUGGGGAUGGAUGGAAGCUGAGCACAGUGGUGCUUGGCAGUCUCCAAUGUGGCACAUGCUGUGCUAUGCAGUUUGGCUUAGCCCUCUAAUGCCAUGACACUGAUGCCUCCACUCUGCAAGGGUCUUAUUCCACCAGCCCCACUAUGACCUUUUAGCUAUGUGAGUUUUUAUCGUCUCUCCCACCCUUUUCUCAUGUAAGAGAUCAGAGCAGUACAGUAAUAAAUAUUGUGUGGGUGUUUGGACCUGAAUUCAUCACCUCCUCUCACCACAUCCUUCUGUCAGCACAGUAAUACUGAUACAGUAGUGACGUCAAUCCCCAUUUAUCGCUGUGUAUUCCAACACACAACAGCCCUUGGUUGUUCACAAGUAGGCUUUGUUCUUAGUGCUGAUGAGACCCCCCUUCACCCCAGCUCCUGUGCAAGUGAGGUCUGCAGUCACAGUAAUGAUUUAGCCAGGCCGGCCAUGGAAGUGUUGGAGGGCUGAAAUGCACAGGACAGGGCAGGCUAUCCAGUCAGAACCAACAUGAGGAACAAACGGUGGCUCCAGAAUAUUUCGUUCUUCCUUUUAUUCCAAUACACUGUGUGUGGUGAAAACCUCACUUGUUUUGUGGACUACGUACAAACCCUGUCCUGUAUCCUGAGAAAUGACUUGGGUGCUGGCUCAUACAACCUCACUGCAACAUGGAAUCCAGAGGAAGAUCCAGAAAAUACUAUGGCUGCGUGCAGUCUCCUGGAAUUGUCCAGGAACACCAGUCACACAGAGUACACAUGCACUGUGGACAUGACUGAACUCCUAGGAGAUACCAAAGUCCAGGUGGAGGUUACAGAGGUAGCUGAUAGACAGCAAGUGAUUUCCAAAGACUUUUAUUUGUCAGACAACAUCAAACCACAGCCUCCAUUCAACCUGACCACUUUGUUCUCAGAGGGUUACAAUAUUUCUUGGGAAACUACCUACCAGAAAUCUCCCUUCCACUUUUUGAAUGAGGAGCUGGAAUAUCAGCUGCGUUAUAAGAGAAGAACCGAUACCUGGGAGACUCAGAAGACUAAAGCUGUUCAUGAAGAUAAACGGACACUGGUGAUCCUACCAUGGGAACUCCAGGUGAACACUGAGUACGAGUUCCAAGUGAGAGCCAGACCCCGGGAAGACAGUGGCUACCGUGGGUUUUGGAGUGAAUGGAGUCUUCCACUGUCACUGAAAACCAGCCCUGCCGCAGUAACACAAACAGCAGGCAUGGGAUGGCUGCUGCUGUUUGGUGUUGUUGUGUCAAUCAUGGCUUCAAUCGCAACCUUUCUGGCCAAACAACAGAGCUUUUGGAAGAAGAUGGCUUGUAUCCCAGACCCUGCUCCCUUUUUCAAACCUCUUUACUUGGCGCAUAACGGAGAUUUCAAGAAGUGGGUUGGUGCAUCCCAUACGAAAAUGACCUUUGAUUUCUUUGAAUGGGGAAUAGUCCUUCCAGAAGUCCUCGAAGUUUACACCACGCGUCCUUCCAACAGCACCUCACGGGAAGAGCUGCAUGAGCUGAGAAAGAAUCUGCCUUGCAAGACCUGUGUGUCUUGCCUGACUGCUCCAGGCCAUGAUAGCCAGUCCCUGUGGUCUAGUGUAAACAGCAGUGGUGGGACUGAGGAGCAGUCAUAUGGGCAUUUGUCCAUUGAUACGGUUACUGUGGCUGAUGAAUUUACAUCCUGUAACUGCCAGUGCAGCUGUAACCAUGUGUAUAGGGGACAUGAGCAAACCAAUGAGGAAGAUGAUAGUACUGGAGGACCUGGUUACCCCAAGGUUAACAUUGAUGAGGAAGACAGAAAGAUAUCCCAUGACUUGCAUCUGGCUGACCUGAGCACACAGGACAAAAUACUUGCUUCAGGUUCCGUGUCCAUAGACCACUUGAGGAGCACAAGUGUCCCAGCCCACCAGCAAGUAGAAAGGUCUUUAGUAGGAGGAGUGGGGAGCAUCCUAGAAGCCCUUUGCUUGCAGCCUCUUCGGUGGGAUUUGGAAAAUCCAGGUUCUCUACCUUCUCCUGAUGGUGACAGUGUUUCCUACAGUGAAGGCUCCUACGACUUCUUCCCUCACAGUACUAAGCCUGGUGACAGUUACCCUACGAUCUGCGUUGAUUUGGACACUAUUGACAGUGGCUUUGUAGACUCAGACUGUGGAAGUCCUCUUGACUGUGAAUUUGGGCAAAACAGUCAGACCAACUGUGGGCCCAUCUCUCUUGAGCAGGAGGGGCAGGACUUUCCACGGAGCUACGUCAAGCAGUGGGUCUCCUGUCGCUCUGACAGCCCUGUCAGUGGGAUACAGGCGAACUGAGGACUUGAUGUUGCUUGGCAGAGUGUGAGGCCUUUCCUUACUGUGCCAGGAGCAAAGUGUUAGCAUAAUUCAGAAGA